AUGGCCAAGGCCGCCUCCAGUCCCUUGCUGAUAUGUGGAGACUUCAACGCGCCGCACACGCAAUGGGAAUACGGAGCCGACUCGCCGAAAGGGAAGAGGCUAGCCGGACUGAUGGACGAGCUCGGCCUGACUGUACUCAACGAACCGGCUUCGCACACCAGGAUCGGACAGGGAGUGUGCCGCGACACAUCCCCCGACCUCUCCGUCUGGUCAGGCGCGGGCGUGGUCACUUGGUCGAACUCCUUCGAGGACCUGGGGAGUGACCACAGGAUCCUGUGCGUGACCGUGGGAGAGGAUGAAAGCGAAGAGGACGUCUGCCGGAAGAUCCUCAGGCACCUGCUUGACCCGGCAAGCACCAGAACGGCGACCCGUACAGAGAUGGCCAAGCUGCGACACAAGUACAAGGACGACCCUCAGGCCUUCGCGGAAGAGAUCGUGCAGACGCACCUCGCACGCCCGGAAGGGUAG